AUGAAGUACAUUCACUCGAAGGAGACUCUCACCAUCCCCGACGGUGUCAAGGUCGACAUCAAGACCAGACAUGUCACCGUCACUGGCCCCCGUGGUGUCCUCGAGAAGUCCCUCCAGCACUUGGCUGUCUCGUUCUCGCACCCCGAGAAGAACGUCAUCGCCAUUGAGAUGCACCACGGUGCCCGCAAGAACGUCGCCGCUCUCCGUACCGUCCGCACCAUCAUCUACAACAUGAUCGUCGGUGUCACCAAGGGCUACAAGUACAAGAUGCGCUACGUCUACGCCCAUUUCCCCAUCAACGUCAACCUCGAGAAGAACAACGAGACCGACCGCAUGGAGGUUGAGAUCAGAAACUUCUUGGGCGAGAAGCUCGUCCGCCGUGUCAUCAUGGCCGAUGGUGUCGAUGUUGAGGCUUCCAAGAACGUCAAGGACGAGCUCCAGCUCACCGGUAACGACCUCGAGAAGGUCUCGCAAUCCGCUGCCGACAUCCAGCAGAUCUGCAGAGUCCGCAACAAGGAUAUCAGAAAGUUCUUGGACGGUCUCUACGUCUCGGAGCGUGGCAACAUUGUCGAGGAAUAA